CUUUUUCCUUUUCCGUAUGUUUCCCUCCGCAUCGCACGGCACGCUUUUUUUCGUCUGUUCGGGUCGUUUGGCUAUUCGAAAUAAAAAUUUCAAAAUUAACAACUAAUUGGCCAGCAACGUGCAACUAAAUCGGAAGCGAAGGCGGUAACAAAUCAAAAGAAACAGCCCGUGAAGAAAGUGCCAGAAGUCCGGGAGUUUUUAUCGCAGCGCGCGUGUGACACACACAUUCACACCGAUUGACGCAAAAGCGAAACCACUGUGAAAAAAAAAGGAAUUGACAAAUAAUAACGUUUGGCAAGCACUGGACUCUGAUCGUUGUUUUUGUUCUUUUGGACAUUGCCACGCAUGGACGGUGAAGUAAUUGUAAUAAGCGAUAGCGAACGCGAGGAAACCUCAUCGAAUUCCGAGAUGGACGUUGAGUUAACCGUGGAGCAGACAGUGGACGCCAACGCCGCUGCGGCUGAGGAAAUUGUUCCCAAGGACGCGGCAACCAUUGCCGAAGAGAAGAAGAAACUGGGCAACGACCAAUACAAGGCGCAGAACUAUCAGAAUGCACUCAAGCUCUACACGGAUGCCAUAUCGUUGUGUCCGGACUCGGCGGCGUACUAUGGAAAUCGUGCCGCCUGCUACAUGAUGCUGCUCAACUAUAAUAGCGCCCUGGCCGAUGCCCGCCAUGCCAUCCGCAUCGAUCCUGGUUUCGAGAAGGCCUACGUCCGGGUGGCCAAGUGCUGUCUGGCCCUGGGCGACAUCAUUGGAACCGAACAGGCCGUCAAAAUGGUUGCCGAGCUGAAUUCGCAGAGCACGGCUGCGAGUGGCGAACAGGCGGCGGCACUGAAGUUGCGCCAACUGGAGACAACCAUCCAGACGAACUACGACACAAAGGCCUACCGCAAUGUGGUCUUCUACCUGGACAUUGCCUUGAAAUUGGCUCCCGCCUGCUUGAGAUAUCGCCUUCUCAAGGCUGAGUGCCUUGCCUUUUUGGGACGCUGUGAUGAGGCCUUGGACAUUGCCGUGGGAGUGAUGAAGCUGGAUACCACGUCGGCGGAUGCGAUUUACGUGAGGGGACUGUGCCUCUAUUACACCGAUAACCUGGACAAGGGCAUACUGCACUUUGAGCGCGCCCUGACCCUUGACCCGGACCACUACAAGUCCAAGCAGAUGCGCAGCAAAUGCAAACAGCUCAAGGAGAUGAAGGAGAACGGAAACAUGCUGUUCAAAUCGGGUCGCUAUCGCGAAGCUCACGUUAUAUAUACGGACGCUUUGAAGAUCGACGAGCACAAUAAGGAUAUCAAUUCGAAACUGCUUUACAAUCGGGCAUUGGUCAAUACACGCAUCGGAAAUUUGCGCGAGGCUGUAGUAGAUUGCAAUAAGGUGCUGGAACUCAAUAACCAGUAUCUGAAGGCCCUGCUGUUGCGCGCCCGCUGCUAUAACGAUCUGGAGAAAUUCGAGGAGUCUGUGGCCGAUUACGAGACGGCGCUGCAGCUGGAGAAGACUCCCGAGAUCAAGCGACUGCUCCGCGAAGCCAAGUUUGCGCUGAAGAAGUCGAAGCGAAAGGACUACUACAAGAUUCUGGGCAUCGGACGCAGUGCCACCGAUGAUGAGAUCAAGAAGGCGUACCGUAAAAAGGCGCUGGUCCACCAUCCCGAUCGACAUGCCAACAGCAGUGCCGAGGAGCGCAAGGAGGAGGAGCUCAAGUUCAAGGAGGUGGGCGAGGCGUACGCCAUUCUGUCGGAUGCGCGCAAAAAAUCCCGCUACGACAGCGGCCAGGACAUCGAAGAGCAAGAGCAAGCCGACUUCGAUCCAAAUCAAAUGUUCCGCUCAUUCUUCCAAUUUAACGGAGGCGGCGGCGGCCGUAAUAACUCGUUCAACUUUGAGUUCUAAGAUACCAGCGUUUGUUCUUCGCCACAGAGAAGACCAUCCUCUCCUCCCAUUUUCUGCCUCAUCGGAAGCCAACGCGACCUUCAACACAGCAGCGCACAAAUUUAAAAUCAUUUUGCAUUUGUUUCCUACAAACAAUAAGAUAGUUUGCUCAGUUUUAAUGAAUAAGACGAGCAAAAUACUAUGAAAUCUAUGCAAAUCAAACAACAACAAAUUUCUAGUAUAUACUCUUACAUUUUAAAUGUUGUUUUUUUAAAUCACUUCGGCGGCAUUAAAUCAAGAAAAAUAAAUCAUGAAAAAUAUGUAAAACAAAAAUAUGUAUGCAUGUGUCAAGUUGCUAUAUCCAGUUGUUGUUGGAUCCGUCGGCCUUGCGAGUUCUGCGCCUGCGCGCGUUCACUCAGAAGAUUAUUGAGGAGUAACUGAUUAUUUAAUGAUUAAUGAAAGCGUAGCCUUAUUGUAUAACCAAUUUUAUUUUUACUCAUUAAGCCAGACACUUAAGUUUCGUUUCUAAGUUACAAAACAAACAAAAAAAUAUGCAACAUAAAAAACACAAGAAAUCAAUCAAAAAGGAAUAACGUAUCCGACUUAAUUAUUAUUUUGUGUAAUUAUACGAUGAAGAUUAUAUGUAAAUCAUGAAAACAUUAAGUAAAAAUAGAAAAUGA